AUGACUUCUAGAGGCGGAAACGCAGAUCGUACAAUCGUUAUGCAAGGCUCAGGGUCCGCGGCGGCGAGACCUUCCAUGGCGCCACAGAGUUCUAGCUCCGGCGGCGUAGUUAAGACGCGGCAACUUACGCAUCUCCAUUUGCAACUAGCGCAACUCUCAGCAAAUUUGGCGGAUACGGAGAACCUCCUGCGCAUGACAAGCGUACAGGCAGAGGCUAUGAGAGGUCUUGGUAGUUGGCAUGGUGGGCUGUUCAUGGCUGCGAGUAAGGUGCUAGGAGAAGAGUCAGUCAAGGAGCAGCAGCCCGGAGGGAAUCAAAAAUAG